AUGGCCGACUUUGCGCCUCCCUCGGGACCACCGCCGCCCAAAGUUCCAGAAGGUUGGAAAGCCGUCUGGAACGAGCAGUACAGCGAGUACUUCUACGUCAACAUUUACACCAAGAAGUCGCAAUGGGACAGGCCCACCGAGCCCGUCUAUCCACCCGGCGAAGCACCUCCCCACGGCGCGCCGCCCUCUUACUCCUCAGGACCCGGCGCAGCGCCCCGCACGUCCAUGGAGAAGAGCCAGCUGGCCAGCAACAAUCCCUACGGCCAGCAGCCAGAUAUCAGCGAAGACGAGCGUCUAGCGCGUAAGUUGCAAGAAGAAGAGCAGGCGCGCGCGAGGACGUCUGGCGAACACGGUGGCGCGGGCGCGGCGAGUGGUUAUUAUAGUUCCGCACCGGCCGGAGGCGCAUAUCCUAACCCAGGAGGCUCGUCAUCUGCGGGUCUGAGGCCUGGUUAUGGUGAUUCGAGUACGCAGGAUAAAGGCAAGAGUAGGAGUUUCUUGGGCAAGUUGAUGGGCAAGGCGAGCGGUGGAUCUAGCCACGCAUACCCACAGCAAGGCGGGUAUGGGGGCUAUCCCCAACAGCAAGGCUAUCCGCAGCAGGGGUAUGGCGGUUACGGCGGUGGGUAUGGACAACCUGGCUACGGCCAGCCUAUGGGUGGUGGCUAUGGAGGUUAUGGAGGUGGAAUGGGAGGAGGAAUGUACGGUAGACCGCAGAAGUCCGGAGGUAUGGGUGCAGGUGGUGCGGCCGCGUUAGGACUUGGUGGUGGACUUCUGGCUGGUGGUUUGAUUGGAGAAGCCAUGGGUGACGCUGGAGAUGGGGGUGAUGGGGGUGAUGGUGGCGACAUGGGCGGAGACAUGGGAGGUGACAUGGGUGGGGACAUGGGCGGUGAUAUGGGCGGCGGCGACUUUUAA